AUGUCUAAACCCAGAGCUACUGCGUUGAUGCGAGAAAUCCCAGCCGUAGUCGUCUCUGCUGGUCUGAUGCAGAAAACGGUGAAGGUUCAGGUAGGAGUACAGCAAUUGAAUAGUCACAUCAAGAAAUAUUUCAAUAGACGUCGAAACCAUCUUGUCCACGACCCUAACGACUCGAUCCGCAUAGGUGACAUUGUGGCAAUAUCAGCAGGUUCUCGGGUCGCUAAAAAUGUUCGUCAUGUUGUUACAAAAAUUAUCGCACCAUUUGGAGUCCCAAUCGAAGAAAGACCACCUAUACCGACUAUUGAGGAGCGAAAUGCAGCUAAGGAAGAAAAGCGCCGCUCUAAACAGAAGCGCCUGGAGAAAUAG